AUGGAGAAUGGUGGAAUUCCUCCACUCUCAUUCAAAUGCAGGCAUUGGAGUUUCAGAAGACACCUGUGGCCACUUGUUUUAUUUUACAUGGUUAUUUCUACUGAAGCAUCGCUCACCAGGACGUGUGAUAAAAACUGUUAUGCUGGAAGCUGUGUCAAUGGAACAUGUAUCUGUGACCGAGGUUGGACUGGGGAUCAAUGUCAGCACUGUCAUGGAAGAUUCAAGUUGACAGAUCCUUCCGGAUCCCUAACAGAUGGACCAGUCAACUACAAGCACAAGACGAAAUGCACCUGGCUCAUUGAGAGCUACCCAAACACCAUUCUCAGAUUGAGGUUUAUCCAUUUUGCCACUGAGUGUAGCUGGGACCAUAUGUACGUCUUUGAUGGGGACUCCAUCUAUGCACCGUUGGUAGCAGUAUUUAGUGGUCUUAUUGUUCCGGAAACUGGAGGAAAUGAGACGAUUCCAGAGGUAGUGACCACCUCUGGUUAUGCUCUGCUGCACUUUUUCAGCGAUGCUGCAUACAACCUCACAGGAUUCACCAUCUUCUACUCGAUAAACUCCUGCCCCAGUAACUGUUCAGGACAUGGCAGGUGCAGUGUUGCUAACUCAGUGCUUAGUAGUGUGUUCUGUGAGUGUGAGAAGUAUUGGAAAGGCGAAGCGUGUGAUAUUCCAUAUUGUAAGAAUGACUGUGGAAGUCCUGAUCACGGCUACUGCGACCUGACAGGAGAGAAACUCUGUGUCUGUAAUGACAGCUGGGAAGGUCCAGACUGUUCUUUGGCAGUUCCCACCACAGAAACCUACUGGUUCCUUCCCAACGUGAAGCCGAGUGGACAGUCUCUGAGUCGGGCUUCUCACAAGGCCGUGGUCCAAGGCAACCUCAUGUGGGUCAUUGGUGGCUACAGCUUCAACCUCAGCUCCUUUCAGAUGGUUCUGAAUUAUAACAUGGAAAGCAACACGUGGGAAGUGGUUCCAGUGAGCAGUGGCCCUGUUCAGCGUUACGGUCACUCUCUGGCUCUCUACCAGGAUGAUCUCUACAUGUUUGGAGGGAGGCUGGAGGGUGGGACUGGGACAGUGACAGAUGAAUUAUGGGUGUUUAACACCGUGAACAGGAGUUGGACCCUAAAGACCCCCAGUGUGCCACAUCAAGGCCAAAUCUAUGCUGUGGAGGGCCACACCUCCCACCUAGUCACAAUGGCUGAUGGUGACAUCAUAAUGCUGGUCCUGUUUGGCCACUCCCCCAUCUAUAGCUCCCUCAGUUAUGUACAGGAGUACAGCCUGCGUUCUAACUCCUGGCGGGUUGCUGAGACAAGAGGAGCUGUAGUGCUAGGAGGCUACGGUCACAGCAGUGUGUAUGACACACACUCUCACUCUGUCUACAUCCACGGAGGUUACAAAGCCCUGCCUAACAAUAAAUACAGCCUAGCAGAUGACCUGUACCGCUACGAUGUCCACACACACACAUGGUAUAUCCUAAAGGAGAGUGGUCUGGCCCGUUACUUGCAUUCUACAGUGUUGAUCAGCGGAACACUGCUGGUCUUUGGAGGAAACACACACAAUGACACAUCUCUCAGCACUGGAGCAAAAUGCUUCUCUUCUGACUUCCUGGCCUACGACAUUGCAUGCGAUGAGUGGACAGUCUUGCCAAAGCCCAAUCUCCCUCGUGAUGUGAACCGUUUUGGACACACAGCUGUUGCUAAUAAUAGGUCUAUGUAUGUGUUUGGUGGGUUCUCUGGGGUGAUCCUGAAUGAUAUCCUGGUGUAUAAGACCCCCAGCUGUGAGGCUUUUCGGGAGGAGCGUCCGUGUUGGAACGCUGGUCCCGGAAUCCGGUGUGUCUGGGUCAAAAGUCGCUGUGCCCCGUGGAACUCCAGCCAUAGCAACGGCACGGUGCCCUCUGCUUUCUGCCCUGCGCGAAACAACACUCCAAAUGAGCGAUGUCUUCGGUUUUCUGACUGCAGCAGCUGUACUGCUAACACAUUAGGCUGCCAGUGGUGUGAGGACAAGAAAUGUAUCUCUGCAUCCAGUAAUUGCACUGUGCUCACCUUAGAGCUGUCUCAGCACCGCAGGGGUCCCUUAGCUAUGUCGCCUCCUCCAUCCAUGCUGUCUGAACAUCAGCUGUCCAUCUGGAGGCCAGGGGGACGCAGAACAGGAUAUACUGUGAAGAACUUCACCAGGUGUCCUGUGCGUAAUGAGCAGAUCUGCAGUAAACUGGCUAACUGCAAGAGCUGUUCACUCAACAUUAACUGCCAAUGGGAACCACAGCAACAAGAGUGCCACACCCUUCCGGAUCACCUGUGUGGGGAAGGUUGGAGUCGUGUCGGCGAAGCCUGUCUAAGGAUAAACUCCAGUAAAGACAGUUACGAUAAUGCUCAGCAUUACUGUAAAAACCUGGAUGGGAACAUCGCCUCCCUCACCACCGCCAAACAGGUGGACUUCAUUCUCAAUGAGCUGCAGAGGUUCCAGCUUCAGGGGAAGAAACUGUCUCCAUGGGUUGGUCUGAGGAAGAUUAAUGUGUCGUACUGGGGCUGGGAGAACAUGUCGCCCUUUGCUAACUCAAACUUACAGUGGCUUCCAGGAGAGCCUAGUGACUCAGGCUUCUGUGCCUACCUUCAGAGAGCCGAAGUCUCCGGACUGAUGGCCAAUCCCUGCACUGCAAACACAGACGGACUCAUCUGUGAGAAACCCGUCGCGAACCCUGAUCCAAACACUCGGCCAUGUAAGACGUCGUGCUCCCAGCGAACCACCUGUGCUGACUGCACCAGUCAGGCCUUGGAGUGUAUGUGGUGUAGUAGUACACAGCGCUGCGUGGACUCCAACGCUUAUGUCAUCUCUUUCCCUUACGGCCAGUGUAUGGAGUGGCAGACGGGAGACUGUGUGGCUCAGAACUGUUCUGGGUGGCGCACAUGCAGUGAGUGCUUGGAUCACCCAGACUGUGGAUGGUGUGGAGACCCAAGUGACACAGGGCGGGGGCAGUGUAUGGAGGGCUCGUAUCAGGGGCCCAUGAGACGUGUGUCCAAACACAACCAGGAAAUGGUGCUGGACAUGAGCCUGUGUCCUAGUGAGAGAAAAUAUGACUGGUCCUAUAUACACUGCCCUGCAUGCCAGUGUAAUGGCCACAGUACGUGUGUGAACGGCAGUGUGUGUGAGCAGUGUCGGAACCUGACCACCGGAACACACUGCCAGAAUUGUGUGCCUGGUUACUAUGGAGACCCCACUAAUGGAGGCAUAUGCCAAGCCUGUAAGUGCAACGACCAUGCCAGUGUUUGCCAUGCCAGCUCAGGAAAGUGUUACUGCACCACUAAAGGAAUAAAAGGGGACCAGUGCCAACUUUGUGACUCAGAGAAUCGUUACCUUGGAAACCCUCUCAGAGGAACAUGCUACUAUAAUCUACUGAUAGACUACCAGUUCACCUUCAGCCUUCUGCAGGAAGACGACCGGCAUUACACUGCCAUCAACUUCAUGGCAACACCAGAACAAACUAAUAAGAACUUGGACAUGUCAAUCAGUGCAUCCCACAAUAUAAACCUCAACAUUACAUGGUCCAUUGGAUCAACAGUUGGUUUUGUCUCUGUGGAGGAAUACCCUGUCGUCUCCAAAUUUAACAUUAAGGAAUACCGAGACAGCUUCUCCUGUGACACAUUCCGUUUCCGAUAUAACCCCAACAUCACCUUCUAUGUGUAUGUCAGUAACUUCUCAUGGCCAGUCAAAAUCCAGAUAUCCUUCUCCCAGCACAACAGCAUCAUGGAUCUGGUGCAGUUUUUUGUAACAUUUUUCAGCUGUUUCCUGUCUCUCUUGCUCGUCGCUGCUGUGGUGUGGAAAAUCAAACAGACAUGCUGGGCAUCUCGACGAAGAGAGGAGCUCAUGCGAGAGCGACACCAGAUGGCUAGCCGACCUUUUGCCUCUGUUGCUGUAGCGUUGGAGGAAGCAGAGGAUUCUGAAGACAUGUUGCAGGGCCAGGUGGAGGUGGGUGCUGUAGCAGUGGAGCCAUGUGCAGGCUGUCGUGCAGCUGUGCAGACCUUCCUUGUGAGUCUGCCACGAGCCCUGUGUGGAGCGCCUCCUCCAGGCCAGUCAGGCAUUGCCUUGGCAAGUGCCCUCAUUGAUACCACCCAGCAGAAACCUGGUGACUUCAAAGCCAAAGGUUCAAGCCUGAAGAACCGCAAACAGCACUACGUUCCACACCAGGGGACCUGCGUUUGA